AUGAAAGUAUAUGCAGUAUCUGAUAUUCAUACAGACUUUCCAACCAAUUAUGAAUACAUGUCAACAUUACCAAAACAAGAAGAAGGCUCUGUUUUGAUUAUUAGUGGUGAUAUUAGUGAUCAGCUGAGUAUCAUUGAAAAAACACUAAAGAUGUUAAAGGAAAAGUAUACUCAUAUCUUUUAUACAUUUGGUAAUCAUGAACUUUGGAUUGGAAGAGAUGAUAAUAAAAAGUAUAACGAUUCAAUUGAGAAAUGGAAUGCACUUGAACAAUUAUGUAAACAACUUGGUGUUUAUACUACUCCAACUAGACUUAAUAAUAAGUUGGCAAUUGUACCAUUAGUUGGAUGGUAUCAUCCAUCAUUUGAUGAACAAUUUGAAUUAAUGUCGGUAUCUGAAAAGGAGGAAACCUAUGCAGGUCUUGCAAAGGUAUGGGGUGAUUUUAAAUAUUGUAAAUGGAAUUUCCAAUCGAUCGAUGCAGCUCAAUUCUUCUUAAACAUUAAUGACCAGAGAAUUAAAGAAUUCAAAGAGACACACAAAUCAAACUAUCCCGAGAAUGUCAUUACAUUCUCACACUUUGUACCUAGACGUGAACUAUUACCACCUCGAGAAAAACUAAUUAGAAAACAUCUUCCAUUAGUUGUUGGAUGUCUUCAAUUGGAUGAUCAACUACGUUCCAUUAAUUCAAAUACUCAUAUCUUUGGUCAUACUCAUAUUGAUUAUGAUGUAAAGAUUGAUGGAGUUAGAUAUGUUCAAAAUGCAUUUAGUGCUCCACAAGAAAGAGUGGGAUGGAAGAAACCAUAUAUCACUGAACCAUAUCGACCUGUAUUAGUAUAUUCUGAUUAA